AUGAGAAGCGAGCCCGGGCCUGGGGGAGGCCCCGCUGAGACUCGGCAGAUCCUCAGCACACUGUCAGUGGGGGUCCUGGUCCACCCGUACAAGCGUCCUCCGUCCCCGCUGACGCCGAGCCGGCCGCCUGGUGAGGACACCCUCCUCCUCUCCUGUCACGGCUGCUUCCCAACAAAGCAGAACAGAAGCCCCAUCCAGCGCAAGGCUCAGUCUCACUGCGGUGGAUUCCUCCGAGAGCGGCGGGAAGAAACCUUUAAAGUGCCAACACUUUAUCCACCCACGUCCCCCAGAGUGCUGAGUGUCGUCUCGGGCGAGUGUGCGUCCUCCAGGCUUUGCCCGCCUGUGCUUUCCCACUCUCCUCUCGCCUUCCUGCGUGUGGAGGCGCUCACGUUCCGAGUGCUAAUGCACCAGCAGGCCUCCAUCUGUCUUCCCAGCUCCUCCAUCCCCUCGGAGGCAAUGGAGGGUCUGUCUGCCCACCUGCAGAAGCUGUCGGGGAGGGGGGUGCUCAGCCCUGGGAAACCUUCCGCCCUGCUUCUGCUCCGUCCCGGAGCAGUGGAAGGGGCCGUCCUGGCCGAGGGGGCAAGGGGAUGGGCAGGAGGCAGGGGCAGGGAGGGGGCCGUGCGCGCCUGCCCCAGACCCCCUGCGCCCCGUCGCCAGCGUCUUCCCAGCCUGCAGCCCCCGGGCCGAGCCCACGCUGCGCGAACGGCCCGUCACCCCUCCCGCCUCACCCCCUUCCUGCCAGGACUGCCCUCGCUCUCGCCCUAA